UAUUGAAACAUGUACCCGGAAGUAGCCGUUGACAUUUUAUCGGCUUGACGGUGAUCGCCGUUAGCGGAGUAAACCUUCAGCUGCAUCAAAUAACGGCAGAAAACCGUCCGAGUUGAGUUCAGUAAACAGAGCAGAGAUGGACCGACACCGUAAACUGCGGGAUGUGUUAUUAAACCCUGAAAUAAAGCUGAGAGGAGCAGACGUCCAGCAGCUGUUGGUGAGGACGGAAGAAGUUGCCCCUGAGCAGCGGGAGUGGAGCUCCAGUCCGGACCAGGAGGACCCAGAGCCCCCACACAUUAAAGAGGAACAAGAGGAACUCUGGACCAGUCAGGAAGGAGAGAACCUUCAAGAGCUGGAGGAGGCUGAUAUCACCAAGUUCACAUUCACUCCUGAUGAUGAUGAUGAUGAUGAUGAUGAUUCAGACGUCCAGCAGCUGUUGGAGAGUAAAGAAGAGGUUUCCUCUGAGCAGCAGGACUGGAGCUCCAGUCUGGACCAGGAGGACCCAGAGCCCCCACACAUUAAAGAGGAACAGGAGGAACUCUGGACCAGUCCGUCACAAUCAGUCUGGAACUUAACUCCAAAUAGACGUUUACAACCAGAUACUGAGGUUUCAGACUCUUCUGAGUUCAAGACCGAAGUCAGUGAUGAUGAUUGGACAGAUACCAGUGAACCUCAGUCAGUUUUAAACUCUCUGAAAAUUAUUGAAGUACCUGUUAGUGAUAUGAGAUGUAAUACUGGAAAGAAAACAUACAGCUGCCCUGUGUGUGGGAAAAUAUUUGGCCGCAGCCCACAUCUGAAGAUACACAUGAGAACUCACACAGGGGAGAAACCGUUUAGUUGCUCAUUUUGUGGUAAAAGUUUUACACAAAAGGUAAAUCUGACAUACCACAUGUCAGUACACACAGGGGAGAAACGCUUCAGCUGCCGUUUUUGUCAUGAAAGAUUCACUUGGUAUACUCAGCUCAAAAGCCACCAGUGUGUUUGUGAGUCGUCACAGCUUCAUCAGAGCCAGACUGAGGAAAACAGAGAUGCAGAGACCGGUGAGAAAUCCUUCAGCUGUUCUGAGUGUGGGAAAAGAUUUGGUCGCAAGGAUAAUCUGAACAUUCACAUGAGAAUCCACACAGGAGAGAGACCCUUCAGUUGCACAGUUUGCGGUAAGAGUUUUAAACAUGGAGGACAUCUGACACAACACAUGUCAGUCCACACAAAAGAGAACCGAUUCAGUUGCAAUGUUUGUGACAAACGAUUCACCUGGCUUUAUCAGCUCAAAAGACAUAACUGUAGUGGUGAGUUCUCAGAGCCUCAUGAAGUCUGGACCAAUCAGGAGGGAGAACAGCUUCAAAGGCUGGAGGGGGCUGAUAAGUUCACAUUCACUCAUGUGCCUGUGAAGAGUGAAGAUGAUGAAGAGAAACCUCAGUCCUCACAGCUUCAUCAAAGACAAUCUGAGGAGAACAGAUACUUUGUGGGAGAAAAGGACUGUGGAGGAUCAGAACCAGCCAGGAACUCACAUCCAGAUAGACAUUUACAAUCACAAAAUGACAUCAAGGUUUCAGACUUUCCUGAGACUGAAGCUGGUGACGGUGAUUGGAAUGAGACCCGAGAACCUCAGUCAGGUUCUGUGAAAAUCACUGAAAUUGAUACAGGUAUAAAUACUGGCAAAAAAUCAUUUAGUUGCUCUGAAUGUGGUAAAAUAUUUGGCCGCAAGGAACAUUUGCAGACUCAUGUCAGAAUUCAUACAGGAGAGAGACCCUUUAGCUGUUCUGACUGCGGUAAAACAUUCGGCUGCAAGAGGUCACUUCUGGGCCACAUGACAAGUCAUACGGGAGAAAAACCAUUCAGCUGCUCUCAGUGCGGGAAAAGAUUUGGUCGCAUGGUAAAUCUGAAGACGCAUGAAAGACUUCACACAGGAGAGCGACCAUUUAGCUGCCCAUUUUGUGGUAAAGGAUUUACACAAAAGGUACACAUGACACAGCACAUGGCUGUCCACACAGGUGAGAAACAGUUCAGUUGCAGCGUUUGUGACAAAAAAUUCACAUGGCUAUCGGGGUUCAGGAGACACAAGUGUGGUGUUGAGCAGUCAGAGCUCGAUGAAGCUGAGGACAACUCAGAGGUAGAACCAGGUGAGAAACCAUUUCGCUGCCGUGAGUGCGGUAACAGAUUUAAUCACAAGCACAAUCUGAAGGCUCACAUGAGAAUUCACACAGGAGAGAAACCGUUCAGUUGCUCUGUUUGUGGUAAAGGUUUUAUUACAAGUGGAGCUCUGAAGAAACACCUAAGAACUCAUUCAGGAGAGAAACCGUUCAGCUGCCCAGUUUGUGGUAUAAGAUUCACACAAGGAGGAAACUUGAAGCGACACAUGGCGCAGCACACGGGAGAAACGCGAGAGAAACCGUUCAGCUGUUCAGUUUGUGGGAAAAGCUUUACACAAGUGUCAAAUAUGAAGAGACACAUGACACAACACACUGCGGCUGAAACAAGUCAGCUGCAGGAAGAAGGAAGCGAAGCUGUGAUGAGUUCAGACCUGACAGAGUAUCAGCAGUCUACUGAUGACUGAGGGACUCUGACUUCACAUGUCUCUGACUGCAAACCACCUGACAACUGAUAUCAUAUAUAUUAUUAUAUCAGAGCUUUACAUUGUUUUAAUUUGUUUAAUAUAUUUCAGUUCCCAAAGUGGACACAUAUACUUAAGAGGUGCUACAGAUCCUACAUGAUUCUUUUGAUGUAAACAGCCUCAAAUUAAAGCUGAAAAUAUUCUCAACAUGUCCAACACUUCAGGUCAUGACAGGAUUCAAACUAAUGAAUCCCAUCAGCCUUUCAUACCUCUGCACACCUGACCAAUCACAGCGUGAAGAUUGUCUAUUUCAGAAAGUUGUUUUCUUCUCCACUACGGGAAAUUAAUGACCUGUAACUUGGAGCUUCCCGUUAACACAAACCUGUAAGAACCUCUAAGGUCUUGGUUCUAGGUUCUGCCUUGUUUUCCACUGUGUUUUACAAACCAGAAUGUUUUGAAUAUAUGUCAUGAAAAUGAGAACAAAUAUCAUCUUUGACACCAAAUAUUAUAUACUAAGAUUUUAUUUAUAGAAUAACUCUGGUUUUAUUGUAUAUUUCAUUGAUUGAGGCAAAAUAAACUAUAGUGUGUGUUCAUGGUGAUGAAGGAACAUGUCAUCCAGUGCAACGAUGUGACUCAUUGAUGUGUUUUUAAUAGUUUUUUGGACAAUAACGGAGCUCCACUGCACAGAGGACGAAGAUAUAUCACAUAAUACUUGUGACUUGUUAGUGGAUCAUUCACUGUUGGUUUGACUCUGCACAUGAAGAAAAAUGAAUAUCAGCAUAGUUGUACUUAGCAUGAAUGUUCCUGUGUCCAAAUAUUAUUUUUUGUACACCAAAACUGAGGAACUGUGUAUAAAAAAAGAAAGUAAGUUCAUUCCCUGGGGAAUCAGCCUGAAAUGUUAAUACAGUAUUUAAUUAAAAGUAUUUGUUAUUUCAGAUUUUAGCUUUCAUAAACAGUCUGAAUGGAUUUCCCAGUGUUUUAACUGCACACUUAAACAUGCUGUAAAAAAACAAAAUACUUUGAGAUUCCAGGUUCAUUGUUUUUAAAUUUAAAUGAAAUGUUAAUUUUAUUUUUUAAAGAGAAAAUGAUUGUAUUUUGUUCUUUAUUAACUGAACGUCGACAUGUUCAGUCUAGAGUAUAUUUGUGUGAUGAAACAGAACCACAUGUGAUCAUUUAUGAAUGGUAGAGGACCAAUGAAAACACAGUUUUCUGACUUAAAAAUUGGUUGUGAAAUCAUUUUUUUUCAAUUUCUGGAUGUUCUGAGGGAACAGUUGAAUAAACCAGUUUGCAUUCA